AUGCCCUUGUUUAUCACUGAUAAUGAAGACGAAUAUGUCAGAUUUGUGAACCAAGUAGAAAAUGGUUCACGGCUGGACGAAGGUCAAUUGGGGAACGAACUUCCUCCUCCGCCGACUUAUGAGGAGGCUAUCCGCUGCCCAGCACCACAAGCGCUUUCGACCAGGCACUUGUCUCCAGAUCCUGUUCAGGAUUCUCCGCCGCGAUACCAGAAUGGUUCUGGCCAGUCACCGUCUUGCGAGCAGCUAGAAUCGCCACCCACACCGGAAAUCGCUGAUCAGAACGAGAGGAAUGACUCUGACGAUGAGGGCGAAGUCACGAGAGAAGACGAGGACGAAGGAAAACAAAGGCGAAGACGAGAGCGGAGACGUGUGCGCAGACGAGAGCGACGACGAGAGCGACGACGAGAGCGACGACGAGAGCGACGACGAGAGCAGAGGCAAGAGCGAAGACGUCAAGGAUGA